UGAGGAAGGCUGGCUCUGUUGUUUGAGUUAAACUGGACACUCCGGAGAAGGUGGCUGAGGGGAGGACAAUGAGGAAACUGGACAGUAUCCUGGAUAACCCCUCUCCCCCCAUCCAUGCAGAGCUAGUGAAGAUGAAGAGUACGUUCAGCCACAGACUCAUCCCACCUCGGCAAAGCACUAAGCGCCUUGGCAACUCCUUUGUGCAUGUAGCCAUCAGACUGCACAACAAGGGGUUAACCAAGUGACUCACUGACAAUACAGGUACAUCUUAUCUUAUCUUAUGAGGAACCUGGCUGCACCUUACAGUCCGGAGUCUCACCCGUUAGGACACAGUCACCAUGAAGGUAGCAGCAACCCUCCUGGCUCUCUCCCUCCUUCAGGUCUGCUCUGCAGUCCCCAUCAGCCGCCCCACCAACUGGCUCAGACAAUGUCGUGUCGCCACCACCAACCUCUCUGUCCCAGCAAUGGAGGUGCUGCCGGGCGGAGGCUGGGACAAUCUCCGAAACAUGGAUACAGGUCGAGUCAUGAACAUCAGCUACUUCCAGUGCCAAACCACAGAGGAUGGGCUCUACCUAAUCCCAGAUGAGGUGUUUGUCAUCCCCCACAAGGAGACGGGUGUGGAGACCAGCUCAGAGAUCAUCAGCUCCUGGCUGGAGCAGAAAAGUUCUACAUCUCACAGCAUUAAUGCAGACAUAUCCUACCUAUCUGUGCUAAAUGGAAAAUUCUCAAAAGAGAAUCAGAGGAUGAAAACCCACCAGGUGAAAGAUUCUUCAACUACAACCAGAGUGCAGGUUCGAAACUUCAUCUACACAGUAAAGGCUUAUCCUGACUUCACUCUGGAUGCACGUUUUACUCAGCAAGCCAAAGAAAUAGCCGAAGCAAUUGAAAACAACCAAACAAGGCACGCAGAAUACCUCUCAGAGAGGAUGGUGCUGGACUAUGGGACCCAUGUUAUCACUAGUGUUGACGCUGGGGCCACUCUGGUGCAGGAAGACUAUCUCCGUUCUUCAUACGUGUCAGACAAUCUUUCAGAGAGUUCCUCUGUCAAAGCGCAGGCAGGCUUCAACUUUUUUGACAAACUCAAGUUUGACAUAAGCAGCCAAAAUACCCAGCAAAGUUCUUCACUUCAAACAUAUCAGUCCAAUAUUCAGUACUCUCUAAUCCAAAGCCAUGGUGGCGGCACACCUUUCUAUCCUGGCAUUACUCUGCAGAAGUGGCAGGAAAGUACCAGGAACAACCUGGUUGCAAUCGAUCGGUCUGGAUUCCCCUUACACUACUGUAUAAACACCAACACCUUCCCUGACCUGCCUCAGCCUACAGUUGAUAAAGUGGCGGUUGCAGUGAGUCAGGCCGUAGAGCGAUACUACAAGGUCAACAUGCGGCCUGGGUGCGUCGACGUCAACUCUAAGAACUUCAACUUCCAAGCCAACAUCGAUGAUGCAUCAUGUGAGGGCCCUGCUACAAACCUCAGUUUUGGUGGUGUCUACCAAGAGUGUGUUCAUCUUAGCUCAGACGCAGGUCCACUAUGUGCUGCUCUGGCCCACAAAAACCCUGAAACAGGGGAUUUCUCCUGUCGUUCGCCUUACAAUGCCACCUUACUGAGAUCAGAAGUUAGACAGGAGGGCUACUCUUCCUACGAAUGCUAUGACCAAAGCUAUUCGUGUUGGGUUUUAUUAACUUGCCAUCACCAAGUGUGUCAGCACAAUUACCACGUUCGCUCUGCUCGUAUCAACACCUACUGGUGCUCUGUUAGCGGCAAGGCCCCAGACAACUCAGGGUAUCUGUUUGGAGGAAUAUAUAGCCCCUCUCUCCUGAACCCCCUCACCAAUGCCAAAAGCUGCCCCCCAAACUUCAUCCCAUUACAUUUUCUCUCAGAUGGCCAAGUGAUCUGUGUGAGUCACGACUAUGAAACUGGCACCAGCCACUCAGUGCCAUUUGGAGGACUCUUCAGUUGUCAGUCAAGCAACCCACUGGCUGGGGGUCAACGUCGCUGCCCUCCUAAGUUCAGCCAGCACCUCGCAUCAUUGAGCGACGGCUGCGAGAUUCUUUACUGUGUCCAGUCAGGCCUGUUUACAGGUGGGGAGCUGCUUCCUGUCCGUCUGCCUCCUUUCACCAAACCUCCACUUGUCAGCAUGCAGGCAACAAACACUGUUAUGGUCAUGACUGAAGGAGACAAGAGCUGGGUCAGAGUAGGGCAGACUAAGGGAUGGAAACUGGCCAAAAAAGAGGAAAUCAAAGAAUUUCUUCUGAAGCUUAACCCAGAAUUGAAUCAUGUGUCUAGUGGUGAAAAGGCAGGGAUAGUCUUUGGGGUGAUUGGUAUGAUGAUACUGGGGAUAGUGGCAGUAGUUCUGGUGAGGAAAAGGAGGAGGCUGUAUGGGUUUAGGACGGCUGGGGGCUAUGAGGAAAUGCAUAGUGAGAUUAAUUGUGCUGAAGGAGGAGAGAGGGACACGCAGCAGGAGGCUUGAGAUAAACGCACAAGUUUAAAGGCUUGGCACCCAGAGACUCUGGUUAAUCUGAUCGGACUAAUUUCAUUUUUCACCUUCUUUUCAAUUCUCACCUCAGAAAUCACUUACAUCCUUUUUACAUAAUUGAACAAUUCUCCAAUGUUUAAGGGCUUCCUGUUUUCAGUUUGACUGUGUAUUAGUUAUUAUUCUUUUGAUAUGCUAGAAUAUAAUUUGGUAAUUCACAUAUAUCAUAUAAACAACUUCUAUGGAAUGGAAAUGUUAUAGUUUUCCCAAAUAAUUUAUUCAUAAACUUUUUUUUUUUUUUUUACUUUGUUUUCUCAAGUAAGCUUUGCAUUUUGCACAAAACCGGUGUCAUUAUGUUGAAUCCGGAUUGAUGAAAGUAAAAUGAGGCUCCACAGCCUUUGGAAAAAAAUAAAACACUAUCCAAAGUCUACAGUGAAUCAGUACUGCCCUCUUGAGGACGACAUACAAAAUGUCAGGUAGUAAAUCACAUAUAGGAACCCAUCUGUUUGAUAUGAUUUCUAACCUUGUUAUGACCUUGUAACAUUUAUAAAAAACAUGAAUAUCUUUUUACAGAUAGUUGGUUAACAUGUUUUGGGGCUUUUUUCUCUAUUGUUUAAAUUAAAGAAAGAUUACAUUCAGGCUUUUAUUAGCUUUCUGUACUUCCUGUAUCAUGCUACUGACAUUGUGAAGAUUUAUAAAUGUCAGUUAAACUUGUCUACACUGUACCUACUACUAAUAAAGAUAACACCAAACCAUUCAA